GAGACUAAUUUUACCAUAGAAACUAAAGCCUGUAGUGGUCGGUGGAUUAACUCGAGUUCCAGUUCCUCGGCUGCCGCUCUCUUCAAUCUCUGAAAACAAUGGCAGCUUUAGCACGCUUUACAAAAUCGUCUUCACUUUCACUUUCCUUUUCGUCAAUAGCCAAAGCUCUCUACUUUUAUUCUUCUUCUUCGGCUGCCAUUGCUGAGUCCAAUCCCUAUUCUCAAAUCAACAAUUUCACCCGUAAAGAUCCCAAGGACUGGAAUGUCCAAUGGGUUUUUCUGGGUUGCCCCGGUGUCGGCAAGGGCACAUACGCCGGUCGUCUCUCCAAGUUUCUCGGUGUACCUCAUAUUGCCACUGGUGAUCUUGUUCGUGAAGAACUCGCCUCUUCUGGCCCCAUGUCUAACCAGCUCGCUGAGAUUGUAAACCAAGGUAAGUUGGUUUCAGAUGAAAUCAUAUUCAACUUAUUGUCAAAGAGACUCGAGGCUGGGGAAGCUAAGGGGGAAUCAGGUUUUAUCCUUGAUGGGUUUCCUCGAACAGUAAAACAAGCAGAAAUACUAGAAGGAGUAACCGAUAUUGAUUUGGUUGUCAAUCUGAAGUUGCGGGAAGAUGUCUUACUUGAGAAAUGUCUUGGGAGGAGAAUAUGCAGUCAAUGUGGGGGAAAUUUCAAUGUGGCUUCUAUCAAUGUCAAGGGCAAAAAUGGUAACCCAGACGUUAGCAUGGCUCCUCUUCUUCCCCCAUCCCAUUGUAUGUCAAAGCUCAUCACUAGGGCAGAUGAUACUGAAGAAGUAGUGAAAGCACGACUUCGUGUCUACAAUGAAAAGAGUCAGCCUGUGGAAGAUUUCUACCGCAGUCAAGGAAAAUUGUUGGAAUUUGAUCUGCCUGGAGGAAUUACUGAAUCCUGGCCAAAGUUACUGGAGGCGCUAAAUCUUGAUGACUGUGAGGAGAAGCAGUCUGCUGCAGCAUAAACUAUUAAAGACUUGAUGUACUUUUAAUAGUAAGUCUUGUUAUUCUUUGCAUGUAAAAAUGUUGCAUGCUUAUCAAUUUUGCAUAAGGAAAAGAGAAAAUUUAUUCCCUUUUUUGAAUUAAAAUAAUUACGAUCUAACCAUCCAUUAGAUCACAAACGAGGCCUCAUUAGGCUACUGUGUUUUUAUAUUAAAAGAUCUUUUUCUGUAACGGAAUUAGACAGAGGGGAAGAAUAUUCAUCACCCCACUAUUUUUAUGGUAACAAUAAGAGUUCUGACAUCAGUGAAUGAUAGACUGAUACUGUA